ACCUGCAGCUCUGCUCAGUGUCCUGCCUGCCAACAGCCUCAGGCGGGAGUCCUGGCAUCUCUGGACAGGCGGCAAGACGAGGCCGCCUUUUGUCCCUCAUCCCAACCCCCCAGGUGGCCAUUAAUCCUCGAGACCCCUCCUGUUUAUAACUCGAAGCAGGCCGCUGAGGUGGCUUAGAUGAGGACGUCUCUGUGGAUGAGGAGGUCAAGAACUAUGUAGCUCCAGAAUGGUAAUGGUCAUCUGUGGGAACACUGAAGUCAUUCAUGGGCAUGGAAGGAUCUAGAAGGUCUAGAAGGUUCAUGUUCUGUGGAUCAGACUCGCGGAGAGAGCCGAGUGGGGAGGGCUUGUCCCUGCUUCGCGGAAAAAACACAGGCAUAGACAAUUCUGAGUCAAAAGUGAUUGCAAAAAGGAAGGACUGUGCUUCCCUGUCACAUUCACGGAGGGCUUGGACUUGCGUUCAUCGGAUGCUAACUACAUGUGCUACCUCUGGAUGGAAACUUUAAGAAUCCAGAGUCCUGCGGCCCAGGUGGGGCUGGCCCAGCCUACAGGGGACCCAACCUCCGGCUCCUGCCCGGGGCGGGCGCCCCACAACCCCGAGCCCUGAAGCCCGACGGUCGUCGGAGCACCCUCCUCGUCAGCUGGCGCCCACCCUGCCCGUCGGCAUGGCUGCUGGGAAGGGCACCCCACGGAGCGCUUCGGCUGACGACAGGUGGCAGCUGAGUGAAGCUGAGCCGGGCAGGGGCGGCAAGCCAGUGUUGCUGGAGAAAACCAACCACCUGCACCCUGAGGCCGCCGCGGGCAAUGGGGGGCAGGACGAGGCCCAUGCUGACCUGCUGCUGCCAGCAACCCCGGGCAAACUCGGACUGGGGGGUCCCAUGGCCUGGGCGUGCUGCGAACAGGGGCCGAGCGCCUUCACGGAGGUGCCUCGGCUCAAGAAGAGGCCGGAGGGUGUGCAGGCCCAGGAAAGGGGGCAUGCGAACCCCAAAGGCCAUCCUGGUCCCCGGCAGCUGCCCCGGGACCUCCCCAGGAGUCCAGCUGGCAGCAAGGGCUCCGUGUGGCCUCGCGGAGCCCCAGGGGAGCAGAGGAGCGCCUUCCGCACCCCAGCCAGGUGUCCGGCAGGGGGCCCUUCGCCAGCCUCUGUCUUCCAGGCAGGCGGGCCCACGGGUGCCCUCGGAGAGCUGCUGGGACUCAUCAACACGGUGGACGUCCCCGGUUGGGGUCAACUUUCAAAUCCUAAGCUUCUGGUGGGUGAUUUCUGGGGCCUGCAAACGUUGCCACAGAAUGCUCUGGUGUGCAGUGCUUUCCUGGGCGCCCCCACGCUGUGGCUGAAGCGAGCCCCGGCCCGGACACCCGCGGCCUCCUCGUCCUCUUCUGCGGCCUCCCGGGCCCUGCUGCCGCCCACGUUCGCCUCCCUGGGCCUGUCCACCCAGAACUGGUGUGCAAAGUGCAACCUGUCCUUUCGUCUGACCUCCGACCUGGUCUUCCACAUGCGGUCCCACCACAAAAAGGAGCGUGCAAGCCCCGACCCCAGUUCUAAGAAGUUGAGAGAAGAGGCCUUCAUGUGUCCCAUUUGCCAUGAAUACUUCCAGGAGCGCCACCAUCUCUCUCGGCACAUGACCUCUCACAGUUAGCCGUUGGCCGAGGAGCAAAGCCACGGGCGCAGUGACGCAGAGCUGGCUCGCCGGUGCUGCCUCUGAGGGGGUGGCCAGAGUGGUCACCCCUGGGGGUCAAGGAUGGGCACCUUGGCCAUCGUUUGAGGAAGCCCUUGGCGAGUGUGUGUUUAGACGGGAAUAAAGUCAUGAAAUAAAGUGA